AUGAAUCCAGAUUUGCAUCCCGUCGUCCUCCGCCGACGUCCUCGCCCUCUGCUGUCCUGCACCGAAUGCCAACGACGCAAGCUGCGAUGCGACCGUUGUCUGCCGUGCGACCAGUGCAAGAAAGGCCUUCACACCGAUCAAUGCGUUUACCAAGAAAACGUCCGCAAACGCUCUGCAGGAGAGGCGGGCUUGUCCGAUCCGAGUCAGGAAGACAUGCCCGCAACCACCCCGAUCAAUGCCAAUACCGACACGCAGGCCAACUUGGCCAACUCGACCAACUCGACCACUGCAGUCACUCCAGACAGCUCCGAGUCCCAUCCUCAGAAGAGAAACUACCAGAUGCUCUUGAUGAGCGAGUUUGACGAAGCCCUCGACUUCAUGCAAGAAGCCUUCACCCAGCCAAGUAUGUCCCCGGUCCUCAACGAAUGCAAACUGUACUGCCGCCAAUUCCACAAGCAACUCAAAAUCGCCGAUGAACAGAGUCGACGGGAAGAGAAACCGCCUCCAGCAGCCAUUCUCGCGGUGCUGCCGUCCCGUGGACGUUGCGCCCAAUUCGUCAACCUGUACUUCGAAUACUUCGAAAAUACGUAUCGGAUUCUCCACGUUCCGUUGUUCAUGCGGGAUUAUAACUUGUUCUGGGACGCGGAGAACGACCGGGCAACCCGAUUCUACAGUUUUAUUCCUCAGUUGGCGGCUGUGGUGGCCAUAAUGGCUUCGUUGGAUUGGGAUGGUGACGAGACCAUGGGAGAACGCCCCCUGGGGGGGAGACUGUCCACCAUGAUCGAAGACUGGCUCCGCGGCCGUACAGUACAACGUCUGGGUCACAGCCGGGGAUCUGUUUCGGUUCGCGGUGACGCAGAACUUCCAUGCGACCCGAGCGAAUUACCGGGAGUCUCGAUUUUCGAGGACGAGCAGAGACGCCGGCUGUGGAUGACGGUGAUGGAGAUGGAUUUGCAAGCGUCGAUCAUUUGCGGAAGGAUGCCUUCUGCGUACGAGGCCAACUUCACCUGUUGGAGCCCGGGGAACUUCAGGGAUGAGGACCUCUGUGAAGAAAUGGCCGAGUAUCCGGCUCCACGACCGCUGGACGAGUGGACCGACUCAUUGGUUCAGGCAAUUCUAGGACGGCCCCUUUCGCUGAGACUGAAAGCAAUGCGGGUCAUGGCGGGCAUCACCGGGUCCUCGCGCCUGAGCUCCGCCCUGGAGAUUGCAGAACAGCUGGAGCGGUUCAUCGACGCGCUGCCAGACGUGCUCCGAAUACAGCGGUCCCGGAAACAUGGGUUUAGUCGUGUAUUCCGUCUGGUGCUGUGCGACCUGCACCUUCGCCGGCCUCUGAUUUGCCUGUGGCAGAAGUUAGCAUCCAUGAGCUUUAUACUGCAGAACUUGGGCAUCAUCUGGACAGACGUGAAGAAUGCGCUCCGUUUCUCCAUCGACGGAGUCGGCGCAGGACCGGAUGUGAGAUGCAACGAUGCAGGUGCCGCAGGCAUGCCGCAGACAUGGGCUGGGGACUCUAUCAAUAGCCAGAAUGUAACUGUGUACAAGGACUUUGAAGCGAAAGAAGAUAUAUAG